AUGGAAAUAUAUGCAUUUGAAGCGUUAUGUAAUACAUUGCGGGCGAAUGAAUAUCUAACAUCGACAAGAGAGGUUUCUGUGGAGGAAGCUUUGGCAAUGUUUGCAUACACAUUCACACAUGCCAAAGUUCAACGAAUCAUAGGCGACCGGUUUCAACACUCUACUAAAACCGUUAAUCGGCAUGUCUAUGCAGUGAUGGUUACCCUAUGUAAUCUUGCUCCUGAUAAAUGUUAUGGUGCAAUUGACGGGACUUAUAUCGAGGCAUGUGUGCCUGUCGAGACAACUAACGCGUAUCUAUCUCGUCAUCAACAAGUUAGCCAAAAUGUGCUGGCAGCCUGUGAUUUCGACAUGAAAUUCACAUUCAUAUACGCUAGCUGGGAAGGCACUGCCCAUGAUGCACGCCAAUUUAUGGAUGCAUUGAGUCGUCUAGGGAUCAAUUUCCCAUUGCCUCCUGAGGGUUAUUAUUACUUGGUUGAUUUCGCCUUUCUGUGCACACUUAGAUUUAUGCCCCCGUACCCCAAGGUGCGGUAUCAUAGGUCUGACCAGCAUAGCAAUAGCUCAUUUUCUGGAUAUCAAGAUUAUUUUAAUUAUCGACAUUCUUCCCUCCAGAAUGUGAUUGAGCGUACAUUCGGACAAAGUGUUGAGGAUAACCCGGAACAUUUGUUACAUAUGCCUAACAUGUCAUCUGCCUCAGCACAAGCCAUGGUUGGAACCAGGGACUCUAUCGUAAUAAAUAUGUGGGCACAUAGGGAGGCCCAUUGA